UCUAAACCUUUUUAUUAGCUCCACUCCACCAUAUACCUUCUCUUCAUCCUAACUCCUCAACCAUUAUAUUUCUUACCAACAAACAUUUCCAUCCUCUCUUCUUUUUGCAGGCCUAAAUUGCAUCAUAAUUAAUAGUCUUCUGGUCCUCACACAUCAAAGACUUUGAAUCUACAUCAUCGAGCGAUGAGUGGUUCUCUUCACGCGCCACCGGAGUUCGACUCCGGCAACGGCGAUUCAGUAGCCUCCACGCCUCGGUCGGAGCACCACCAUCACCACCACAUGUACAAUGACAACACCGCUCUACAGCCACGUGCCCGUUUCAUGUGCAGCUUCGGUGGCAAAAUUAUGCUCAGGCCACACGACAAUCAACUCCGCUACGUCGGCGGCGAUACUCGAAUCGUUGCAGUCAACCGCCACACUACCUUCUCAGCUCUCCUCGGAAAACUCUCUAAACUCUCCGGAAAUCCAAACAUUUACAUCAAGUACCAGCUCCCUAACGAGGACCUGGAUGCUUUGAUAACCGUUACCACUGAUGAAGAUUUGGAGCAUAUGAUGGAAGAGUAUGAUCGGCUCACGCAGAAUUUGAAAACGGCUCGGCUUCGGCUUUUCCUUUUCGCUAAUGAUUCUGGUUCGAGAGCUAGUACUAUUAGCUCCAUACUUGACGGUUCGUCUAAGCGAGAGCAAUGGUUUGUCGAUGCUCUCAAUGGAGGAGCCGGUGCGGGUACGGGUACGGGUACGGGUCUGGAGCGUGGACGAUCCGAAGUAUCGUCAAUUGUUUCUGAAGUUCCGGAUUACUUAUUCGGGUUGGACAAUUCUGAUGAACCGCUUCGUGAAUCAAAAUUCGUGAAGAACAGGAACCUUUCGGAGCCGGGUUCACCUGCUCCACCUAUUGUUUCUUCUGCAUAUUGCUCUAUAUCAUCAUCAUCAAUGGCACCUACAGCAGCUAUGACAGUAAUGCCUAAUCUUCCACCAGUUAAAACGAAGCUCGAUAAGCCAAAUCCGGUAGCUGAAUCCAGAGAAACUCCGGUUGCUAAUGUCACUACUGAAGCAGGCGAAAAGACGGUUCAACAGCAACCACAAAGUUAUCCGAGUAGUCCACUAUGGCAUUACCCAGCAACACCGGUUCAAACCAUACCCGUUUACUAUGUACCGGGUCCGGUUCAACCCGGAAACAUCCCGGUCCAAUCCGUUCCAUUAAGGUCUCCAUAUGUUCAUCCUUUUCCGGUUCCUCCGAAUCAGUUACCAAUCGGGUAUCCACCCAUUUCAAGUAUGGGCCAAGUAUACAGUGGAUUAAGACCCGUAAUGAGCGUCGACCCGAAUGAAUUUUCGGGUACUACGAGGGUCGUUACAGAAGGUACGAAUCAGGCAAUGUACUACGGAGUUAGGACUUCAUCAGGAGCUGUUCCGGGUUCUGGAGGUUCAGUUAGCGAAGAAAUGCAGGGAUCCGGAGCUGAUGGGAAAACGGGUCGGGUCUCUCAAUGAAGGUUUGAUUGAGAAUCAUAUAUUUGGUGUGCUACUUUUUGUGCUAAGCAUUUUGUUUUAUUUGAUGCAAUGAUUAGUGUAUGGUAAAUAAGCUGCAAUUGAUAAAUCUACCCUCCAAUAUGUGUGAUUUAAAAGGAGUAUUUGAUUAGUAAAAAAGCAAGUUGUAAAAGCAUUUAAGCACUGUUUCUUGGUAUGAUUAAGUUUAGAAAGGUUUUGGUA